UCCUCUGCUGCCUUCAACAUACACUCAUUGUACACAAACGGGCAGGCAAGCUCGCAGCAUCGAUCGUGGCUCCUUUAAGAAAAACUAAGCCAGAAUUAUCACCCCACCUCCUCUUGAUCUCAUUUAGAGGCUAUUGCAUACAAAAUCAACUCAGGAGCUGAGAGUGAUCAAAGAAACGCGAGAGAUUCAUUUUUGUGUGCAUUUGUGUAUUAACAUUAGGUGUGCUAACCAGUCGAAGCGCGCGGAGGAUCAUCAUUCAUUCAGUACUUUGACAAGCUCGCUUUUGAUUGACAACCGGAGUGGCAGAAAGCCAUGAUACUCUCUAGUUUUGUCUGAGGGCUAUUUUCUUACUGAUUUGGAGAAGAUUUGUGCGCUCCCCGUCGCUGUCCUGGGGAAAGCAGUGGACGUGUUUGCUUGGCUUUGGCUGAACUUGAGCUGAAGGACUUGGCUUCACCUCUUCCUUGAAAAGACAUACGGAUUUUUUUGUCAAAAAAGCCUCGCGUUUGGAAUUUGCGUGUUUAUUUCUUCUUCACCCUGGCCUCAUAGGGGAUAUAUUUGAAGUGAAAGGAAGACGAGGGAGAGAGGAGGGCGAUGGCGCAGAGGUACGAAGAUUUACCCCAUUAUGGGAUGGACGGAGUAGGAUUGUCAACCGCGAUGUAUCAGGAUCACCACGGCGCCAGAGCCAUGCCGGCUGUCCACCUGAACCAUGGCCCCCAGCUCCACUCGCACCAGUACCCGCACACGGCGCACACCAACACCAUGCCACCCAGUAUGGGCUCCUCAGUCAACGAUGCUCUUAAAAGAGAUAAAGACUCCAUUUACGGGCACCCCCUGUUCCCUCUUCUAGCACUGAUUUUUGAGAAAUGUGAAUUAGCAACUUGCACGCCCAGAGAGCCUGGGGUGGCAGGAGGCGACGUCUGCUCAUCAGAGUCUUUCAAUGAAGAUAUAGCAGUUUUUGCGAAACAGAUCCGAGCAGAAAAACCUUUAUUUUCAUCGAAUCCAGAGCUGGAUAAUCUGAUGAUACAAGCCAUCCAAGUUUUACGAUUUCAUCUUUUGGAGCUCGAGAAGGUACAUGAACUCUGUGACAAUUUCUGUCACCGGUACAUCAGCUGCUUGAAGGGCAAGAUGCCCAUCGACUUGGUUAUAGACGACAGAGAAGGAGGAUCAAAAUCAGACAGCGAAGAAAUCACAAGAUCAUCGGGGCCCCUUGAUCAGACCUCGUGGAACAGAGACCAUGACGACACGGCGUCCACGCGCUCCGGGGGCACGCCGGGACCGUCCAGCGGGGGACACACAUCGCACAGCGGCGACAACAGCAGCGAACAAGGUGACGUCCUGGACAACAGCGUUGCCUCUCCCAGCACAGGGGACGACGACGACCCAGACAAAGAGAAGAAACGCAACAAAAAGAGGGGCAUCUUCCCGAAAGUCGCCACCAACAUCAUGCGGGCAUGGCUCUUCCAGCACUUGACGCACCCCUACCCUUCAGAAGAACAGAAGAAGCAGUUGGCGCAAGACACCGGACUUACCAUACUACAAGUGAACAACUGGUUCAUAAAUGCAAGAAGGAGAAUAGUUCAGCCCAUGAUUGACCAGUCUAAUCGAGCAGUAAGUCAAGGAGCUCCCUAUAACCCAGAUGGUCAGCCCAUGGGUGGGUUUGUCAUGGACGGACAGCAGCACAUGGGAAUCAGACCACCUGGACUGCAGGGCAUGCUUGGGGAUUACCUGUCUCAUGGCGCUCCAGUGGGUAUGGGCAUGGUUCAACCGAGCUACAGCGGCCCCCCGAUGCCCCCCCACUCUGCUCAGCUGCGACACGGGCCUCCUAUGCACUCCUACAUUCCUGGACACCCACACCACCCAGCGAUGUUGAUGCACGGAGGACCACCACAUCCCGUCAUGCCCAUGUCUGCACCCAGCCCCCCCGUGCCCCACCCUGGCGAUCCCACCAUGGGGGGACCUGUCAUGGACAUCCACGCCCAGUAGUUUUUAAGGGAUUCUUAUAAAACAAAAAAAGUUGCGAUUGAAAGAAGCUAAACUGUGAUGCAUUGGUGUGUCCCCCCCUACCCACCCUACUCCAACCCCCCCACCCCAACCCACUCCCAUCGGGCAAAUGUGGCCCGCCAUUACAUAUUGACUUCUUGCAGAGAUUGAAGAGCUCUUCUCAUGGCAACAGAUUCGGACCGAGAGAAAGGCCAAUGUCUGCACUCUUUGGGACACUUAGAAACACAAGGUGCCCUUUGCAUAGGUUCAAACUGAGAGAGAGAAAAGAAGAGAAAGAGAGAGAUUGAAAUUAUUACUAUAUCAACUCCUAGAGGGAGGGAGGAGGACAUAUUGUAUACUGUUGUAAAAUUGCUUUGGACUCUCAAGAGAACUGAGAACUGGGAAUUAAGUAUUGUAAAUGCUAUCGUAUUGUUCUGCAUAUUAUGUUGUUUCUAAUAGAUUUUUUAAAAAAGGAUGUGAACUUUUUUUCUUUCCACACUAUGUGUGUGCCAUCUCCAUAGACCUCUGACUUCCUACCCCUAUCACCUUGCAUUUAAAAAAAGAAAAACAAAAGUAUGUGAAUAAAUCAAAAAUUCGUUGAAAAUCAUUUGGCAGGCCUUUCUUUAAAACUUUUUUUUUUGUUUGUUAAAGAUGCCACAUUUAGAUGCUUGGGUAUACAUCUAUGAGCUGUUGGGUCAGCUACUCCUGAAUGACGACUGAAUGCUCAGGAUUUCUUCAAUGUCUUCAGUCUCUGUCGUCACACAGGGCUUGAAUUUGCAUACCUAAUUCAUGUGUUCACCAGUUGAAUUGGCCUUACCAGAUGUUCAGCAGGAAUUGUUGAUGGAAGAUGACAGUGCAAAAAGUGUGUGCGUGCGUGCGUGUGUGUGUGUGUGUGUGUGUGUGUGUGUGUGUGUGUGUGUGUGUGUGUGUGUGUGUGUGUGCGUGCGUGCGCGCGCAUGUGUUGAAGCUGAGAGAGUGCAUGAAACUGUGGGUGUGUGUAAGUAUCUUUCUAAGUGGAUAUCCAAUUGUCAUAACAGCUAUUCAAGAAUGGAUUAGCUGGAACAACUGCCACCUAUACGUACUGAAAAUGAGCUGAUCUUUUUGUAUGACAUCAAUCAUACAUGCUCUUUCCCAGUGGUACCGUGGAAACUUUAUGUGUACAUUGUAAAUGAAUAAAUUUUGUGUAUAAAAAGAGUGAAAACAAAUAUGA